CCCGCCUGCCCACUGGUAGUCACUCAGUAAGCGUCCCUGAGAUUGGAAGAGCGGCGGCGGCCCAGGUCGGGUCAGAGGCCUCCGCUGGAGGGGACCACCCGGGGAUGACUCCAGCCUCAGAUUGAGAAGCAGUGGUUUGUAAAUGGGUUAAUAACUUAAUUAGGUCUCUCGAUCUGGAUGGCGAAGCCAGUGGAUAUUUUUCCCUCUCCGCCCCUGGCUUCCCCGGGAGAGAAGGAGCCUGGGCAGAGCUAAACUUUCAGUGGGUCCGUCCGCUGCUCUAAGCCACCCACCCACUCUGCUCACAUCUGAACCGCUGCCUCCCCCUGUCAUUUGGUGCCGCCUCGGGAGCAAGUCAUGUCCGUAAAAGCUCAAGCAAAGUGUAGUUAGGACAGUAAACCUGCUCUUUAGCAACAACGAUGACAACAAAGUCCUGUGACAGAUUUCAAGCUCCUGGAGAUGUGAUUUGAUGCUGAAGGAAGUAUGGGAAGACCUGGCCUUCAAUUUAAAUUUUUUUUCAGUGUGGGAGCAAAGUUCAAGACAUGCUAAAUAACCCCGUUUACUCCAGGUCCUCCUGGCAUUCCUGUGGUGGCCCAUCCUGAUUGAUUGAGCCUGCCCAGCUCCAGUGACUAUCCGACUUCUGGGUCUCCAUCCCCCUGACCACUUUUUCCUGGGAAGAUGUUCCUGGUGGGCCUGACAGGGGGCAUUGCCUCGGGCAAGAGCUCAGUGAUCCAGGUGUUCCAGCAGCUGGGGUGCGCGGUGAUCGACGUCGACGUCAUCGCCCGGCACGUUGUCCAGCCGGGAUGCCCCGCCCACCAGCGCAUCGUGGAGGCCUUCGGCACUGAGGUCUUGUUGGAGAACGGUGACAUUAAUCGCAAGGUCCUCGGGGACCUGAUAUUUAACCAGCCUGACCGGCGACAUCUGCUCAACACCAUCACCCACCCUGAGAUCCGCAAGGAAAUGAUGAAGGAGACCUUCAAGUACUUCCUUCGGGGAUACCGCUACGUGAUUCUGGAUAUCCCCCUGCUGUUUGAGACCAAGAAGCUGCUCAAAUACAUGAAGCACACGGUGGUGGUAUACUGUGACCGGGAUACACAGCUGGCGCGGCUGAUGCGGCGGAACAACCUGAACCGCGAGGACGCAGAGGCUCGCGUCAACGCCCAGCUGCCCCUGAAGGACAAAGCCCGCAUGGCUCGCCACGUUCUGGACAACUCAGGCGAGUGGAGCAUCACCAAGCGCCAGGUCAUCCUUUUGCACGCCGAGCUGGAGCGCUCUCUGGAGUACCUGCCGCUGAGGCUGGGGGUCCUCACAGGUCUGGCCGGCAUCGCUAGCCUCCUGUACUUGCUCACCCGCUACCUCCUGCCUUCCCCCUAGCUGCGCACUGCAAGGCAUGAAGCCCAGCCUCAGUCUCCUCGGAGGCUGAAGCUGGGUGACAAAUGCCUCCAGUUCCCCCUCGUCCCCUCAACUCUAACUCUCUCUCUCUCUCUCUCUCUCUCUCUCUCUCUCUCUCUCUCUCUCUCUCUCUCUCUCUCUCUUUCUCUUUCUCUUUUUCUCUCUCUGUCUCUUGGCUGGAGCCCUGUACUGGGCUUCCCCUUCUUUGCGGUGCAUUCUCUCUGAGGCCAAGAAACAGCUGUCGGUAGAUAUUCCUUCCCACCUUCCCCAGGACCCCUCGCUCCGGGACCACCUGCAGAACAGUGUCCACAAUGAGACCUGAAAGCGAUCACCGGGAACUGUUAGACAUGGCGGGGCUAAGGACAUCGUCUCCCUGGCCCUUCUCAGUGCUUACAGCCGGGGGGGUUCCCUGGGCAAGAACCCUCUAGCACAGGCCCCACUGUGGCCAAAACCCCCUUUGUGAAUCAUGGCAAAUCAUUUUGGGCCACAGGUUAUCACCUUCAAACCUGACUCUUCCCUAGGUUGACGCCCUUGGCCAGGAUGCAGUGAGAUUCUCUGUGGGUAACGCAGUCGUUGUCAAAGGCCAGGCCCCUUCUGGGAUGACCCACUGUCCCACCCCGGCAUUUGGCCGUCACGCCCCUUACUCUGCUCGCCACCUCCCACCACUCUACCUUCCCCUCCAUGGACUCCUAGCCCAGAACUCUUGGUCCACGUGGAUUGACUGUUGCUGACCUCUGUGCCUUCACCGUGCUUUUCCCUGACCUGGAAUCCCAUUUUUUCUCUCCUGUAACUGGCUGACUCCCAGCUCACACAGGGUCUGAAGCCCCAGGCUGGGUUAGGUGCUCUGGGAUACCACCAUCCCCGAGUUUUGUCCGAGUCCACAGUACAAUAAUCAGCCCCAAACUGCUGAUCUAGUCUCUCUCGCUAGACUGUAAGCCCUUCGAGGCAGGGACUGUCCUAUUUAUCUCUGUUCCUGGUGCAAAGCCUGCAUCGCUGUUGGUGCUCAAUAAAGUGUGUUGAUCUGAAA